AAAAAUAAUAAUAAUAUAAUAAAGAGACAGUCGUAAAGAAGCAGAGAGAGCAGUGAGAAGAGAGAAGCCAAAAGGAUGAGCAGCAUCGUGACCGGAGCAGGGAAGGUGGUGUGCGUAACCGGAGCGUCCGGUUACAUAGCGUCAUGGCUCGUCAAGUUUCUUCUUCAACGCGGUUACACUGUCAAAGCCUCUGUUCGCGAUCCAAAUGAUCAAAAGAAAACAGCUCACUUAACUUCACUUGAUGGGGCUAAGGAAAGACUCCAGCUUUUCAAAGCAGACUUACUGGAAGAAGGUUCCUUUGACAAUGCUAUUGAAGGCUCUGAAGGUGUCUUUCACACCGCAUCUCCCUUUUAUCAUGAUGUCAAAGACCCACAGGAAGAAUUACUUGAUCCUGCCGUGAAGGGAACGCUUAAUGUUCUUAACUCCUGUGCAAAGUCUUCAUCUGUUAAACGGGUGGUUUUGACGUCUUCCAUAGCUGCAGUUUCAUACAAUGGGAAGCCCCGAACUCCAGAUGUGAUAGUUGAUGAGACCUGGUUUUCAGAUCCAGAUAUUUGUAAGGAAUUAAAGCAAUGGUACUGGCUUUCGAAGACUUUGGCUGAGGACGCUGCUUGGAAGUUUGUAAAAGAGAAGGGUAUUGACCUGGUUACAAUCAACCCGGCAUUGGUGAUUGGUCCUCUGUUACAGCCAACUCUAAACACAAGUGCUGCCGCCAUUUUGAACUUAAUAAAUGGAGCACAAACGUUUCUCAAUUUGACUGUUGGAUGGGUCAAUGUCAAAGAUGUCGCCAAUGCGCAUAUUCUGGCGUAUGAGGUCCCUUCAGCUAGUGGAAGAUAUUGUUUGGUUGAGAGCGUUGCCCACUACUCGGAAAUUGUAAGACUCCUACGUGAGCUCUACCCAUCGUUACCACUUCCGGAGAAGUGUGCAGAUGACAAACUAUUUAUGCCAACCUAUCAGGUGUCCAAGGAAAAGGCGACGAGCUUGGGUAUUGACUUCAUUCCAUUGAAAACCGGCCUCAAAGAAACUGUGGAAAGCUUGAAGGAAAAGCAAUUUGUCAAUUUCUGAGUGUCAGUAGUACCCCUCUUCAGGUCCUUUCCUUUAUAAACCAAUGGUUAUGAAGUAGGAACUCUAUUCUAUUCGGCUUUCGAAUUAGUAUUUUGUGGGGCACAGGACUCUCCACUCUCCGUAUCUUUGUCUCUUAGCUUGUUGCUGCGAUUUUCGCAUAUGUUUCAAUUGGUCUCUAAUUUUCCGUACGCGGAAACUGAGAUGAAAACAAUACCGUUUUAUGCUAGAAUAAUGCAAAAAAGAACAUUGUUUUUGUGUGAACUGGAGAGAGUUGCAUAUCGGAUAAUAGCUGUCCAUUUCAUCUUUUCCGAAUGAAAAUGACAAGGGAAUGUGUUCAUGUUGUAGGAAGUACGUCGUGAAAAGUAGUAUGUUCUUUUUCAUUUGAUGUACUAUUCCUGUAUCUUAAUAUCCUUUCACGAAGAAAGUUUUGUAAGUUGCCAAGGGAAAAUGAAUCCCAUCAAGAUUAACACAAAGAACUUUUAUCUUAUUA